UUCAUGCAAUUCACCCAACCGAAUUAUAAUGGACACAUGCGAUUUUCUUCACAGAGGAUGAAUUCCAACAUCUUCAGCAGUCGUUCAUGGAGAAAUAUUACCUUGAGUUUGAUGACUCCGAGGAGAACAAGCUCAGCUAUACACCUAUUUUUAAUGAAUAUAUUGAAAUCCUAGAAAAACAUCUGGAACACCAGUUGGUGGAGCAAAUUCCUGGAUUCAAUAUGGAUGUCUUCACCCAUUCACUUAAACAGCACAAAGAUGAAAUCUCAGGUGACAUACUAGACAUGCUACUCACUUUCACUGACUUUAUGGCCUUUAAAGAGAUGUUCAUUGAUUACAGAGCAGAAAAGGAGGGUAGAGGAUUGGACCUUAGUACCGGACUGGUGGUGAAGUCUUUAAAUUCUGCUUCUGCUUCAACUCUGACCUCCAGCAUGGCCUCACAAUCGAACUGAACCAAUGGGCAUUUCAUGUAAAUGAUCAGUCAACACAUGAUUAUUCCCAUGUAUAUUUAGAUGAAUAUUUAUUGAAAAUUCCUUUCUGACUCAUCCCAAAACAAACAGACACUGUUAUACUAACUUGACAGAAGGGAAUCGGUGUUUAAUUUAGGUUAAUGUUUAAACGUAACAUUCAGGUUAACUGUCAGGUAUGACUCCUCUUUAGCAGUAUUCAUAUGAUCUGUCUCAAAAUCCAGACUCCGUGUGGAUCAGUCUUUCAUAUCUUGUUGGCCUACAGCGCAGCAAAACACUAUUGCUGUUUCUGACCAAACUGAUGUAGAAAACUGUAAUGAGCAUGCGAGUAUCUCAAAGCUGCCACUUUAUUGCACUUUUUUAUAGAACCCCUUCAUUUUAAUGGUUAAAUCCUUAUACACCAUAAUGUACCAAAAUAAUUCCUUUCACUUGACAAUCAUAAAGGGCUUUUCAUUACAAAAGUAUUAUACAAUGUGCAUAUGACAACAGUUCUAAAAGACCCGUUUUUCAUUUACAAGACUUGCAGUUUCCCCAGGUGAAAUAUUACAGAAUAAA